AUAUUUCUAAAUUUCUCUUAUUUUAUUGGGGGGAGAGAGACUGAGAGAGAGGAAUGGCGAGAUUCUCGUUAGGCGGAGAUGAGGAUGGAGAAGGCGAGGGAUCCCGCAGCCCCAGGCACAAGAGGCCUCGUCUGAACGGUCUGAAUUCUCGUCGAUUUUACGCAUCCACCUCCGCCAGCACCCGCAGCACCCCCAUCACAAUCGUACGACCGCCGCCGCCGCCACCAGAACCACCACAACAGCUACAGACCGUCGAGGAAGAAGAUGAACGAGCAUCCGCAGAAGAAGAUGAUAGUGAGAGCGAAAACGAUGUAGAAGAAGACGACGACGAAGAAAGUCCUGGAAAUGAAGACGCCGAAACCGGAGACAGCGACGAAAGUGAUGAAGAGGAAGAAGCAGCUGAAAUUACCAACUUACCCCAACCACCACCACGCAUUCCGCGGCCGCUUCUCGUUCGUUCGCUUGCCCAGUACCUCGCAAGAGACAACGACCGUCAAGUGGGUUCUGCUUCGGGCAGCCUUGCAUCCGCCGCCACCGCCGCCGGAGUCCAAGUGGCUCCUUCUUCCAUCUCACCCUCCGCCGCCGCCGCCACCGCCACCGCCAUCGAUGCCUCUGUUGUCUUCACCCUAACCGACUCAGACGUCCUUGAUUGUUUCAUUUGCUGUGAGCCCUUGACGGUCCCUGUCUACCAGUGUGAAAAUGGGCAUAUAGCUUGCUCCUCUUGCUGCACCAAGAGUAAAAAUAAAUGUCCCACCUGCUCCUGGCCCAUUGGUUAUAAUCGUUGCCGAGCCAUUGAGAACGUUCUGGAAGCAAUUAGAGUUUCAUGUCAAAACAUCAAGCAUGGCUGCAAAGAGUCGAUGACUUACAACAAGAAAAAUGAACAUGAAAAGGCAUGUAUAUUUUCACCUUGUUCAUGCCCCCAGUCAGGAUGCAACUUUGUCUCUCCAAGCAAGCAGUUGUACCAACACUUCAGCAGUAAUCAUGUGAACUCUGCAACGUGCUUCAGGUACAACUGGUUUUUUCCAUCACGUUAUUUCACAAGGACAAAUCCCAUACUCUUCAAGAACAGAAUGAUGGCACAUUAUUUAUCCUUGACAACAAGGAAGAAAGUCUUGGAAAUAUAGUGUCGAUUAGUUGUAUUCAACCCAGCUUCAUGGGAGGCUUCUACUAUGAUCUUCUUGCUCGAACCAAGAAUGGAAAGGGAAGUAGUCUCAGACUUCAGUCGUUCGCAAAGAGCAUUCCUGGCCAGGUUAGCAACCCUUCUUCGA